GAUAUUUUUCGUGUGUAUAAGAAGCAUUAGCGAUCGGAUUCUCUGCAAAAUUGUUUAAUUUUCUAGAAGGGCCGGAAAAGGAGACAUAGGAAGGAAAAAUGACGAUCGAUUCUGACGCCGGUCCGCCCGGGGAACGAAGCCAAGAAAAAAUUCGAUGCUUUUUCGACAUCAGCCUUGGAGGUUUGCCGGCAGGCCGUAUCGUUUUCGAGCUGUUUCCAUCGGUCGCACCGAAGACGACCGAAAACUUCCGGGCACUGUGUACCGGUGAAAAGGGUAUCGGCCAGAAGACGGGGAAACCGCUGUACUAUAAGGGAAUAAUUUUCCAUCGGGUGGUGAAAGAUUUCAUGAUUCAAUCGGGUGAUUUCUCGAAUGGCAAUGGAACCGGCGGCGAAUCGAUCUACGGUGGAACCUUCGAAGACGAAAGUUUCACCUUGAAGCAUGAUAGACCAUUCUUGCUUUCUAUGGCCAACCGUGGAAAAAACACGAAUGGUUCCCAGUUCUUCAUUACAACGCAACCUGCCCCUCAUCUUGAUAAUGUUCACGUUGUAUUCGGUCAUGUUGUAUCCGGUCAGGAUUUAGUACGACAACUCGAACAGCUGCCGGUCGAUCGCAACUCGCGUCCACUACAGGAUGCAAGUGUUUCCAAUUGCGGCCAACUAAUCCGCCACAUUAAGGAAAAGAAAGAAAAGAAGAAGAAAAAGGCAUCGGAAUCUAGCGACGAUUCUGAGGACGAAUCCAGCAGGAAACGGAAGAAGGAGAAAAAGAAGAAGCGACAAAAAGAUUCAUCACCGCGCAGGGAAGGAUCGCACGAUGGCGAUACGGCCGAGGAAGGUGAAGUGGAUGAGGAGCUUCACCCGAUGGCAACGGUGACCAAAAUUGAUCCGGAUGAAAUUCCAGAGGUAUCCAACAAGUAUCUGAUGCGGGCUGCCGACAAUAAGCGCUCCGGGGAAGAUGGAGAACGUCCAAAACGUGACGUCCGUGGUAAAGAACAGAAGGGUUUCGGUUGGUCCAAGAAACGGGUACCGUUGUCCCGCAGUGGACGUAUUAUCAAAGGGAGAGGCAACUUUCGAUAUCGUACACCAUCACGUUCACGUAGCCGUUCACGUAGCGUUACGCCAAUUCACUGGCGAGCCGCACAAAAGCGUACGAUCAAGAUGACAGAUCUGGAAAAAAUUGAGGAAGAAAAACGGCAACGUGAGCUGGAAAUAAAGCGACGAGAAGCUGAACGGAAGAAACGGCACGAAGAGCUUGCGAAAGGUGCGUCGAAAAAAUCGUUCUUCGAGCUGAAUCAGGAUCAGCCGGCGUCGGCGCAUGCUGAGAAGGACUCGACGAACGGUAGUGGCCCUGCGGAGCAGGAAGCGAAUGAAAGACAGCCGCAGUCACGUGCCAAAUCCAACGGUUCGAUCGAUAUGAAUGCACUGGACUAUGAACAUCAACCGGCCGGUACGUCGGACACUGAGCCAGAAGAGGCGGUCGGGGUCAACAAGAAGAGCGAUACAUUCGCGAAGGCAUUUGGUGUUGAGCCGAAGAAAAACUCGUCCGAUUCGGUGAAGGGUGACGAUCGGCGAAAGCCAUCCGGUGGUGAUGAUGGACGUAGGCGGGAGCACUCCAGAAGCCGCUCUCGUGACCGUCGUCGACAAGACGAUUACAACCGUGGACGAUCCCCACCGGCGCAUUAUCGCGGCGGUGGUGGUGGGGGAGGCAAUCGAAACCCUCGUCAACAGUUUGGAGCGGGUAACUUUGCGGUACAACAUAAUCGGUUCAAUCCACAGCGUCGAUUCGGUGGAGGCAACAAUGGUCCUGGAGGUCACGUGGGACCGUCGUACUACUCUCGCACUCGGGGUCGCUUCGGUGGAAAUGAACGAUUCGAUCGUGAUCGACGCCGUUCCCGUAGCCACGAUGGAGGGAACCGACGUUCGCGUCGCGAUCGUACGAUGAGUCGAUCGCGUUCGAAAACCCCUGACCGGCGACGAAGGCAUCGCCGGGACAGUAGCCGCUCUGGCAGCUCGGCCACACCUGAUCGUUCGCAUCGUAAUCGGACCAAGUCAACGUCACGACCGCGAGAAUCGGUUGAAGCAAGACAACCGCCGGUGCAAAAGGGAAAAAAUGCCAACGCUCAAGACAAAUUCAGGGAUAAAAGUCCGGGUUCGGUGGCGACAGCCAUUGUGGCUGCGGCAACGGCCGCCGUUGAAGCUGCCUCGCUGGUAGCAGUCACCAAUAUCAAGAAGGAGGUAGUCUCCGAGGAGGAUAAAGCCCGUGCACAGAAAGAGAAAAUGUUGAAACGCGCCGAAACGCUUCUGCUGCUCAAGAGUCACAUGGAGAAGGAGAUCGCAGAGCAGCAGCGAAAGGCACGCGAGAAGCAGCUACAACAGCAACAGCAGCAGCAGCUACUACAACAGCGUAAGAAAGAUGACCGCAACGAAAACAAAGCCCUCGACGCCGUUAUGGAUCUAGCGCAGCUAAAGCAACUAAAGAAGGAAACACUGGAAAAGCUGAAUGCGCAAGAGGCUGCUCAGCGAAUCUUCGAAUCCGUGGUCACGAAUGUUGCAACGGGGAGUGGGGGGAGCGGCGCUGGUAGCAGUCACAAGAAAAAAUCUAAGAGUAGCACCAAACGGCGCUCGUCGAGUACCUCCUCGUCUUCAUCGUCGUCAUCGUCAUCGAAACGGGAAAAAAGUCGUAAAAAGCGGAAGGACAAAAAACGCAAGGCACGCAAAAAUUCGUCCAGCAGCUCGUAAUGUAACCGUUUGCAAAGGAUUCUAGACUGUGCUUUCGUCAUUUUUAAAAGAUUCCGUUUUACUAUUCCCUAAAUCAAUCAGUCGUAUACUGAUACCGUUGCAAGCAAGCUGUCUUGUAAAAGUAGUCAACCAUUUUUUUUAUCGACUGUUAUACAGAACAACAUCUCCACAAACACGUAUUGAAACUAUGUUGUAAUCAUCAAAUUAUCUGCUUGGAUUCAAAAUUGACCGCUGAACAGAUUAUCAAGAUUUGGUCUGACGAAGUUCCUGUCAGGAAUUCAUGUCCGAUUCGUCAACACGACUCCACCAAAGGCUUCGUUUAAUACGGUAACUUUACCAGGUGUGCUCUAUCCGUUGGUUCAGCUUUUAAAAUUCGUAUCAGAAAGUGCAUGUAUAUUAGUUGCAAAUGUGUACUUCUGGGUAUUUACGUAAGUUAUAAUUGACCGAGUAGAGUCUGCUAGCUUCAUAUAGUACGGGACGCAAUCGCGUGUAGCUGGGUUAAAUAAAACAUCAAUUGUAUAAUAUUUCAAUAAAUAUCCUUUUCGAAAUCUAAC